GGCAAACAAGCCAGAGUGACCAACUACGAAGAAACUCCACGAAAACAUGAAUAUUCCUCCCAACAAACUGCCGCGCAACAACAGAAAGCCAUGGGUCACGUAAGCGAACCAGGCCACCCGGCUGGUAACGGUCAACGGAAUAACAUACAAGAAGCCUAUUCGGCCCAACCUGGCGAUACCCAAAAUCAAAACCGAGUCGCGCAAGCUGACGCAGCCGCCGCCCAUCAUGCCGAGGCCAAACAAAAUGUUUCUGGCGCUCAUUCGAACAAGAGCAGGAGUAGUCGAGUAGAUGAUACCCACGCCGCCAAGAUCGUACAAGAGGAAAACGAGAAUAGGAAUAAGUUUCCCAAGUACCCCGGCUUAGAACGUUGGGAAUUAUUGGAGAAGAUGGGAGAUGGCGCAUUCAGCAACGUCUACCGAGCAAAAGAUACUAAGGGUACUGUCGGCGAGGUUGCUAUCAAGGUUGUCCGAAAAUUCGAGAUGAACAACAUGCAGGGCAAUAAACAUCUUCAUCCGGAUUUCAAGAAGGUGCCGAAGGCAGCUGAGCGAGCGAAUAUAUUAAAGGAGGUUCAGAUCAUGCGACAACUGGAUCAUCCCAAUAUCAUCAAGCUGGUUGACUUUUCGGAAUCGAAGCAGUACUACUACAUCAUUCUAGAAUUGGCACCAGGUGGAGAGUUAUUCCAUCAGAUCGUACGCCUUACUUACUUCAGCGAAGAGCUAUCAAGACAUGUUAUCGUACAAGUCGCAAAGGCUCUCGAGUACCUUCAUGAAGAGAGGGGUGUUGUACAUCGUGACAUCAAACCCGAAAACAUCUUAUUCAGUCCGAUACCAUUUGUUCCAUCAAAGCAACCGAAGCCGAAACAACCAGGUGACGAAGACAAGGUUGAUGAAGGCGAAUUCAUCAAUGGAGUUGGUGCCGGAGGUAUCGGUCAGAUCAAGAUCGCUGAUUUCGGUCUAUCGAAGAUUGUUUGGGAUAACCAAACAAUGACACCAUGUGGUACCGUCGGAUAUACGGCGCCUGAGAUAGUGAAGGACGAACGAUACUCCAAGUCUGUCGAUAUGUGGGCCUUAGGAUGUGUACUAUACACAUUAUUAUGUGGUUUCCCUCCGUUCUAUGACGAAAGCAUCGAGGUUCUUACGGAGAAGGUUGCUAAGGGUCAAUAUACCUUCUUAUCGCCUUGGUGGGAUGAUAUAUCUAAGUCAGCUCAAGAUUUGAUAUCUCAUCUUCUCACUGUCGACCCUGAUGAGCGAUAUACAAUCAAGGAGUUCUUGAGUCAUCCCUGGAUACAAGGAUCCGGACCUACACCACGCGACGAGAAGAAGCAACUCAACCCAGAUGCGUUACGCGCUUUCGAUGCCGGACGUCUCAUCGAUGGUGAACGUCGCAUGGACUUUAGGUCUCCUGGUGCUGUGAACUUACGUGAGAUCUUCGACGUUGGUUACUCUGUACAUCGACAAGAGGAAGAAGCGAAACGAAGGAAACAAAUCGGCGCUAAGGGUGCUCCACCGGCACGACUGGCUGGUCUUCAUGAAGAUUCCGAAGAAGAAAAGUCGGAUCCCGAAUAUGUCCACAAGGCCGAUGCGCAAUCACUUGAACAGAGUAUGCGCAAGACGCAUAUUGGCAAGGAACAACAAGAACGUGGCCGAGAACGAGAUCGACCUGCCGAUAAAGAGCAAAAAGGCUAUGGUCAACACAGCGCUACUGUUGCUCAAGCUGCUCGCCAACAGGUCAGAGAUCGUAACAAGCAACGAGGAGCAUUCGAACUCAAUCUCGACGGAGCAACAUUACUUGGAAGACGAGCCGGAAAGGCACCUCCUACUGCUAGUGUUGGUGGCUUAUAGGAUAAGGCGAACGACGAGCGGGAGGAUGAGUACAAGCAAGGUUGAGCAUAAAAAUGGUGUGGACAUUUUCGAGGCUGUGAAGAAACGAAAGUACGAAGGUUGACGACGUUAUUUAUUCGAUUCGAAAAGGGUUUUCGAGUCAAGUUCCCUCAUAUCGGCGUGUAGGAUGGUGGUACUGGGAGAUUUCAUCGAGGCGUGUGGCAUCGGCUUGAAUGAGCAAUAUGGGAGUUUUUUGUGACCAUUGUUUUUUAUCGCAUCCGAUCCGUAACGCUUCACACAUAGGGCCAGGCGUUCCCGGAAUCAAGAAUACAUACUUCGCCUUUCCUCAAUCGAUAGUGGUUUAAGUGAAUGAUAUUAAAAUAGUACUAUCCUUUCAUUCCUUUCA